AUGUCCGAAUCGUACAGCCACUUCUAUGGAUACCAUGACCAACCUCAAGUGUUGAUAUCGACCUCUGCUUUCGAGCAACAUCAACAAUAUGGUCAUUAUGAAGAUAAUCGACGGUCUAAAUCACCAGCUUCGUUGAUCAACCAAAACGGGCUUUCGCCUGGACCCCUCAGCACGCCGCCUAUGAGCCGGAACCCUUCACAACCCCUUGAGCCGGUGCCGGACCAGAUGGUUUGGGACAAUGGAGUGGGCAGUCCUUCCGACUCUACCAGCUCUCUCCAAACGCCAGACAACGAGUCGCUCGAUUUCGAGAUGCUCGACUCCAAUGAUGUAACGCACAGCCUUCAGGAUCAUUCUAGUGCAAGCAUGCUCGGAGGCCAGACUAUCGCAGGAGAGUUGCCUCUUCUUAAUGACAAUCUCUAUUUCACUGAUAUAGGUAACAUCCCCCGGAAGCUAAUGAUCACAGAACUCCAAAAUGCCAUGAAUGCUACAUUAGCAUCGAAUCCACAUUUCAACUCGUUUCCUUCGCAACUACCACACCAAGAACAUACACAGCUAUCGCAAGCUUCGAUGGUCCCUCAGCAUUAUGGUCAAAUCCCUUCUGAGGCAUACAUGACCCAACCCUCCCGCCAGGAUCCUUGGUCAAGCCAACGAACACCCCAUGCCUCUGCCGUACCACAACCCUCAGGAAUCGCUCACUUUGGCUCCUCCUCUGAUCCAACGCUUUUCGACAGCUUUCCUAGCCAGAACAUACCCAUGUGGGUCAGCGACACUUCGGAUACCAGUUCCCUGCUGUCGCCAAAUGAGCCCGUAGUGCCUCCACAGGACAUAUUCUACCCGUUCCCAGGUCAAAAUUUUCAGAGUCAGAAUCAGCCUAGCCUAAGGUUGAGUCCAGUAGAACCACUUCAGACGGAGCUGUCACCAUCUCCGGACUCGGGAGGUUUUAUCAAUUAUGACCCGUCAUCAAGCUUCUUCACUAGACAGUAUGAUAUCGCAGAGCAGCAGCCUCAAUCAAUUUCUCCAGUCACGCCUGCGCAAGUAUCUUAUUCUGCCUCAUAUGUUGACCGGAUUUCGCGCUCGUCGUCUAACAUGGGGCAAAGCUAUCCAUCUUCGUUUCUACCAGCUGUUAGCCCUCAAGCAUCUGCGCCAAGUCCUGGUGGUUCUGAGGGUGUAUUCUCCUAUCAGCAAUCAGAGUCGGGGCUAAUGAUGGAACCCUACCCGCAUGAAUAUAUCGAUACUAAACCACCACAGUCUCAUUCGCCAUUAAUGAUCGAACAUAGCCCGUUUGAGAAGAUGUCUAGAGCAGCGUCGAACAGCUCACAUGAUUUUGAUCAAGGGAACCCUUCUCGGCCGCAGUUGGUAUCAAAGAAUUCUAGCUCACGUCCUGGAGGUAGAGCACUUGGAACACAUUUGGAACCUGCCGUAGCGAAGCAGGCCCACGACAUGCGCAAGAUAACCGCAUGUUGGCAUUGCGUGCUCCAGCGUGAUAAAUGUGGACCCGGCGAUUCUUGUGAAAGGUGCCUGAAACGCUCUCAACGACCCAAUGCUGACUGUGGCCUGGGCUGUUCUCGCAUCAAGCUGGUGGAGUUAUCACAAUACUUCCUCCCAACUUUGGUCACACAAAUCCAUGAAGACGCCCAGCUAACACAUUUCGUAUCCCGAUACAUUGCUCAAUGGGGUAAUCAGGAGAUAACCAUACAUAUGACCUGCGGGCAGAAGCACAUGCCGAGAAUUCCAGUCAAGGUAUACGAGUUCCUUCCCAAGGGAAACGAAUUGUUGGUCUUGAUCCAAUACAGGACAGACACAACGACCAACAAGCGCAUAAAGGUGAAGAAGCGGAGCCCAGCACUUGGUAUGGUACACAUCAAUCACAACGAAGAGAAGCGAUAUGGACAGUACAUUAGCAACAUCGUCGACAACCAUAUCGAUGCAUUUGGUGAACUGUGUUGGAUGGAAGAUGAUAACGACUUCCAACAGAAGCUCUUCAGACUCAUGUCACGCCUCCAGCCGAGAGGCGAAGAUGAAGCCAAGCUACUUCGUGAAGUCAUGCGUCUUGUAGUAUGCACCUUUAUCAUGUCUCACACCCUUACCAUUGCCGAGGAGACUAAGCUGGACUCGCUGUCGAAGAUGCAAUCGUACCAGGGACCCGCAUCGUAUGUUGAGAAUUUCACAUCGCCGCGAAUGACGAACCGACAGCUAAAAUACUUCUUCAACCGGAUCCAACGCACUAUUUUGACCACGGUGUUGAACAAACUGCAGCAGAUUUUCAAAUCCUCCAAGGGAUGUGACAAAUGGCUCGCUGCCUUUAUAGCAGUGGUAGGAAUGUGCAUGGCACACGAGGACCAACAAAAGACAAUACAUUUGGUCAUGGAGACCAAGGCUGCGACCGAGAACCUGGACCCAAGGGAGACCCAGGGCAAAGCGGACAUUGCCUGUAGAGAGAUUGAUGAAAGGAUGACAUUCAUCGCCCAGAUCUUCAGGUGGAAGUACAACCGCAAGUGCAAUCCGUUGCGCGACUCGGAACGCGACUGGGCAAAGGAGAGCGGAUUUAGCGACCCCAACGCGGUGACUUUCAUUCGGGCCGUCGCCCAGUUGGUGAAGGAAAACAUUGAUUUCCUGCAAGUAAGGCAGAACGUCAGCAUCUCCAGCACCAACCAAACACAGUAUACAUCUCGUCUCGUAGGCCAAUUCCUUCUCUCCUUCUGGCUGCCACAGAUGUGA